CCGCCCACCCCCAACUCAAAACCAACCCAAAAUAAUCAAAACACCAACCAACUUCCACCCUUGGCAUCGCGACAGUCACACCUUAAAAAGUGUAGGCCACCGAAAGGCGCACAGUCAGAAACAUCUAUACGUUCAAAAAUCCCCUUGGCACGAAUCCAGCCGUCCAAAAUGGCAUCGUCCAAGGAAUACUACGAGUAUCACCACCACCACCGCCACCACCAUCACCACGGCGCAAAGAAGCGCCUCUACCUCGAACCCCCCACCAACGGCGCCGUCACCGUCCGCACAAAGAAGACCACCUUCAUCCCGGCCCGCGAGCCCACCCCGCCCCCUGUCAUCGUCAAGCCCGCGCCCCCGCCGCCAGUGAUUGUCAAGCCCCCUCCGCCUCCCCCGCCACCCGUUGUUCUGCCCCUUCCGCCUCCCCCGCCGCCGCCACCCGUUGUCGUCGUCCCGGAGCCCCUGCCCCCUAUCGAGGUCAUCGCAGUCGAUGUCGAGCCCUCGGUGAAGAGCAGCAAGUCGAGCAGGAGCAGCCGGUCGAGAAGCCAUAGCCACUCACGGAGAGGCAGCCGCGACAGGGAGAGGGAUAUCAGGGAGGUGUACGUUGAGCGGGAGAAGCUUGUGCCCGUGCGGGUGCCGUACCCUGUCCCCGUCCCCGUUGAGCCGCGGUACGAGACGUUCCGGUACGUCGAGGGCCGGAGGUACUCGCCACCCAGGAUGCUGCCGCCGCCCCCGCCGCCUGAAGAGGAGAGGAUGAGGGUCACUAUCUCCGAUCGGAGGAGAGAGAGAGAGUACAAUGACUAUCACUACAGGCGGUGAAGCCUCAGUUGUUGUCGUCUUUGACUCGGGACUUAUUUUUCUGGUACCGUAUGUUUGGAUUGAUUGUUUGGAAUAUUCUUUUGGGAGGUUAUUUGUUUGAUUUGUGAGGGAUACAUGUCUGGAGAUGAUAUCAGCGAUUUUGAUCUCGCGGCGUUACAGGUUU